AUUGGCCUACAAGACCUCCAUGUCCCAGUCUUGCUCCAUAUGACAGCCCCACAGACAUGAUGCUGGUGAAGAAGGAACAGAAAGAUGCCGAGCUGGAUAGGAAGAUUGAGGCGUUGCGAAAGAAGAAUGAGGCCCUUAUGAAGCGCUAUCAGGAGGUGGAGGAGGAUAAGAAACGGGCGGAGCAGGAGGGCAUGGCAAUGCAAAGCCGCAAGGGGAAGGUUGAAGACCUGACCAUCACCAUCAACAAAUCCCCCACUGAGAAGCGUGUUGUAACCAAGAAGGGUUUGGGAGAUGCGGUUCCUAAAGGGGUGCAGAACCAGGAGGAUGUGUCCAACAUUUUCAGUGCUGGUCGUGGUAAAAGGAGGCAGCUUCUAGUCACUGCUCCAGGAAACACUAAGGGGAAGAGGGUGGUCAGUGAAAGAGUGGAUAAGAGCAGUCCUCCUGGUCUAGCAGGGAUAAAACACACUGAAGGCAGGGGGGAGCUGCUGGAUACUACUGCAGGAAAAAGGGACUGUCCAAAAAACCAGGUUGGAAAGAAGCAGGAAAGAAAGUGUCGAGUUGAGGGUGCUCAUCAUGGAUUCACUGAACAUAAGCCCUAUCCCCAGCAAACCGAAGUGCUGACUGAUCUCAGUGUCCCCACGUCUAGUGAAGAGCAACUGGAGUACCUGCGCUGGAAAAAAGAGAGGGAAGUAAUCGACCGAGAGCGUGUGGCUCGCCACAAAAACUCUCAGGGCCAGUGGAGGAGAGCCUGGGACAUGGACAAACCCGAGCUUACGUUUUCUGAAAGAGGCACAGCAGACAGAGGUACACAGAGCAGAGGAGGAAGAAUUGCUAGAAGAGGACAUUCCAGACCUAACGCAACAGACUCUCGAGGUGGACAGCGUGAUAAGAGAGGAAAGAAUGUCCCUGUGGUUGGCAGUAAAGUGAAAGGAAAGGACCGUUUGACCGGCCGAGCCAGGAGAUGGGAUGCUAAAGAGGAAGCAGAGCAAUUACAGGUGGGUCCAGAUACCAAUUUGGAGGAAUUUUUGGAGGAGCUGGAUGCUCUGUGUGAUCCUGAGGUCAACAGUAACAGUCCAGACACCGAGAUCCAGGAAGCAGAAUCCAGUGCGUCUGUAGAAACCGCACCAAUCACCAGCUAUAUUUCUACAAAACCAGACGGUCAGCUUAUUCCUACAGACUCAUCCAACAAGAACACCUCUAUCUCCAAAGGAGCUGAGAAGAAGGUCCGUUUUUCAGAAGACCUCAUUCAGGGAGCUUCCGAGAAGAACUCGAACACUGAUAAGACAGAGAUCAAAGCCAGUUCUUUAAAAAACAUGCCACAGACCAAAACAGUGCUUGGAGAGCAGGAUGCCCAACAGGACUUGGGUUGUGAUCUGGAAGGAAUGAAAAACAACCAGGAACAAAAGGCCACUGGAAUUCUUCUCACAGAUUCCCAAGCCAAAACACCAGGCCAGUUUGAUUCCCAGGAGACGAGCGCUAAAGAACUGAAACCAACACCUGAGAGCUUUCUAAAGGAAGAAACUGAGAGCAAAUCUGAAGAAUCACCUUGUGAUAGUGUUGGUUCUCAAAACGGCACUGAUGCCACAGCGACUGCUGAACAGAACCUACUUCAUACGAUGGAACCCCUGAAAAAUAACGCAUCCAGAAAUACUGACGAGCUGAUUGACUCCAGUCUCUCAGUAUUGAGUUUGGAAUCUGGAGAUCCUCUGCCUGUCCACAGCACCAGCACUGAAAAGGCUAGAGAGAACGGGAAAAUAGUUUAGAUGGCGUGGUCUGUCGUGGUCACAUCUGUUCAAGAUGGAAGACAGAAACCAAACAAAGCAAAAGGCAGGACUGCGGUUUGCCUGUUUUAGUCUGUUCCAGCUUCAGGAAUGGUUAGUUGGAGAACUAAUAGAAAUUAGCACCAUGAUGUAGUACGGCAGUUCUAAGAUCAUUAGUUGAAAUACUCACUUUUAAUGAUGUUCAGUGGCUGUUAUUAAGUCCAUAUACACAAACUGACAGUGAAGCAUCUGUAUUUUGAAAACUGUAUGAUGGUUACUGAAGACUAAAGAUGCCUGUUGUCAUUCAGAAAGCGGAUUGAAGCAGCCGACUGUGUUGAUUGGCUUACACGCUGCUCUUUCACACUAAAAACCUGAACAGAUUUGGAUCAGUUAGGGUGUGAUAUUUUGUGCUAUUUAUUUCAUGACGAACAAUUUGAUUCAAUGUUGAAGUGGUUUGCUCACUGACAAGCUUAAAUUUCGUUUGCUUCAUUUUUAAGUGUGAUUCCAUGAUUGUGGUGCCAUUUGGUUCCCACUAAUUAUUACAUUUAAGUUAUUCCACGAAAUUGAGUUGUACAUGAACCAUGUACGACGAGAUUGAGUGGAGUAACUGUUUUAUUCUAUCCACAUUCACUGGAUUUUGAGAAACAGCAUUUUUAUUUUUUGCAAAUUCGAUAAAUAAUUUUAUACAAAACGUCCGACAAAAUCAUUUCCGCUUAGAAUGUAAACAGACUGGCGAAAUGACAGUAGCAAGUUGUGAAAAAUGCUAUAAUAAUACUUGAAAAAUAAAAAAAGAUACGUUCUUACUAUCAAAUACUUUUAUUCCAUAUUGUGUUGCUCUUUUGUACGUUUCGGGGGUUUUGUUUUUGAGUUGAGUUUUUACUUUGUCCUCGGUUGGUUCAGCAACACGCUCUGCCAUUUUUGUUUUUCUCUACUCAUGGUAUAUAAGCUGAUAUCCUAGUAGUAGAGUAGCCAAUCAGAGUGCGAUUGCUCACAUCCAGUGAAUGUGGAUAGAAUAAAAGCAAAUGUAUAUUUAAAAAAAAAAUAGUCAUACAUAGGUAACAUGUCCUUCACAACAAGAUGUAUGCCUAUUUCAGAUAAUUUUGUUACUUUUCUUUCCUUUUUGGGCGUACAACAAUCAUAAACUAAAAUGGAAAACAAAAUAAAUGCUAAACUAUAAAUAGCAUCCGUCAUCAAAUAUUACUCAACCAUGUUUCACAUGUUCUUAGAAUUAAAGUUUGUAAUGUAUACAUGCAGUUAACAGCAAUAAAGACCGGUUAAGAACAUGCAUGUACAUACAAGAGAGCAGGGGAAGCUCGUCAGUCUUGACCAGUAACCAAGAACCAUUUCUCCCAAUUUCUUUCAAAAUCGUCCCUUUAGGUUUCAACAUCUGGAUUAGCCAAUUUUGUCGUAGAGUUUUCUUGCAUAUUUCAAAUAACUGAAAGAAUUAAUAAAACCAGCCUGUCCUAACCCACUAUAACUGCACUUUAUUCUAAAAAACAUAACGUGUAGUUAAAAUAUUAUUUUAGCAUUAUUGUGCAACUCCAUUUAACAUCCCAUACUUGAAACAACAUCUUUCUCCAAUGGGUCAUUAUUUAUAAAUUGUGAAACAUUAUAUACAUUUUACUUGUGUCCCACAAUAUUCAUAAACCCCAACACACUCACUCACCUCUAUGAAAUAUUUGGAAUGUAUCCAAAUUGCAUAUUCAACAGGAAGUGACAUCAUCCAAAUUUGCCGAUGAUUAUGGAAAGAAUAAAAAUACGUUCUCUCAUUCAUUCUACUAUAUUUCCUUUCUUUCUAGUGAUAUUGUGGUAUUAAUUGGUGAAGUCACUUUAAAGUAUAACUAGGGCUGGGUGAUAUGGCCGAAAACUUAUAUUGCGAUAUUUUCUGACAGUUUCUCAAUAAUUAUAUUUAUCAUAAUAUAAUAUGACUCUAAAUUGACCGUAGGUGUGAAUGUGAGUGUGAAUGGUUGU